AUGGCAGCCCUGCAGCCAUUGAUGCUCUUGCUCCUCGCAGCCCUUGUCCUGGGAGAGUACAGUUCCUCGACCGACGAAUCUUCGGACAGCGCCUCGAACGCCAUAACCGGCACCAAGUGCGACAAGAAUCCGCUGGGCGAGCUCACCUUUCAGCUGAGCGGCAGCAGCCUCCAUUGGCCCUGCGACUCCACCAAGAACAUUUACGUACAGUCUGGGAGGUAUGUGCCCCGCAACGUGAUCGUGACCCGGGCCCAGCUACAGCGGGACUCCGCCUUCGUGGCCCUCCCCCGGUACAAGCAGGGCGUUCCCUUCACCCUCGGCAAGGUCAACCUGAAGAAGGGCGAGUGCCUCACAAAGAUCGCCCCGUACCCCUGCUGGGCCAUCCAGGAGGAGGGCAACUGCCAGGCACUCCAGUCCGUGGUGGACAUAGCUGUGGAUCAGAAUGGACUCCUCUGGGCGCUGGACGUGGGCAUUGUAAACACCCUGGAGCAGCCCAUCCGGCGCUGCAGCCCCAAGAUCGUGGCCAUCAACACGGCCAACAACAAGGUGGUCAAGAGCAUCGACCUCAGCGACCUGGUCACCUCCGAAAGCCGCCUGCAGUUCAUCGUGGUGGACUACUCCAAAGACAACAAGCCUUUCGUCUACGUUGCCGAUGCCGGAGCCCGUAGCAUCCUGGUUUACGACAUCACUGGAAACAAGUCGUACCGCAUCGUCCUGCCCAAGGCCACCGCCCCCACCAACGAUGUCCUGUACGUGGCGCUGACCGCCAAGCCGGACGGAACCUCCACCCUCUUCUUCAGCUACCUGAGCUCCCCCCGGCUCUACUCGAUCAAGGGAGAGUACCUGCGGGUGGGGCAGGGCGCGGGCUCCAUCAUCGACGUGGGCCCUAAGCCCUACGGCAAGCAGGCAGUACUCCUGGGGGCCGAUGGGGGCACCUCUCUCUUCUUCCGAUACAAGGGCGAGAACGACAUCUAUCUCUGGGACUCGGAGACGUGCUUCAAGGCCUCCAACCUGCAGGAGGUCCAGAGGGGUGGCGACUGCAGACUGUCCACCCAGGUCCUCCCGGGUCACAAGCGCUUCAUGUGGGCCCUGGAGAGCAACUUCCAUGACUUUAUCUCCGACAAGACGGGGUGCAACGGGGCCUCCAUCGUCCUGCAUCCAGUCGUCCGGGAGUGUGAUGACUAA